AGCCGGUCUCAGCUGGUCCGCCAGAUGUCUGUUGAUUCAAACGCGGUGUUCUAGUGUGGUGGUGCUCGGAUGGUUAAACGGUGGAUAGUUUCGUGUCGUGGCCGGGAACAGUGUUGUAUGAAGUUUGGAAAAAUUACGACAGUGCUAUUUAUACACUUAUUCUUAAGCUUAUAUUUUAGCUUUCAAUUGUUUUAAAAUCCCCAAGUUCUUGCCCUAACCUGUAUGUGCAUUGUUUUAUUGCUUGUACAGUAGUUUUUAUUUUUCCGGUACUUAUUAAUAUUAUUAAAUUUGUCUCGUAUGUAACUUUUGGUGCAAUUUAUUACUGUACACACUUGGUGCAGCCACAAGGAAAAUGACGAGCAAUGCUGAAAAGGAGCCUGUAUCCAAGUUCGAACUGUCCAGAGAAGUUUCCAGUCAUUAUUUCAAAAGUUCCUUUGCGAGAUCCAUGUUCAGUAACUCCAAUCAAAGCAAGUCAUUGGAUUUUGUGUAUUUCGAUAAUAGCACAAUAGACGAGGAAAAUGAAAAUGAUUGCAAAACUCCGACUGAUGACAUAAAUACGGGCGGUAGUAAACCAUUCACUAGUCCAUUAAAACGUGUUUAUUCAACAAAACUGUUCGACCAGAAAUACGAGCCGGAAUUCUUGAAAACAAACUCUGCUAGAAAUCAAAACAAUAAUGCGAUUUCGUAUUGGAAACGUAAACAGCAGGAAGCAGCCGCAGUGCCCAGGCCGAGAGAUAACUCUACGGAGCGUGGACAGGCGGAUGAGAUCGCCACACUCAAAAAGGAGUGCCAGAGACUGGUGGAAGAGAACCAGAGACUGCAGCAGACCAUGGACAAUUCCCACCUGCAGACCCAGGUGGACACCCUCCAGUGGCAACUGAAGCAGGCCGAAUCUAGCAGACAGAUGUACAGAGCUGUGUUAGAGCAGGUCUCCAGAUUCCUUGAGAGAGUUCACAAAAACUUGGAUCAAGUGAAUGGGAAACCACCACCAUCGAAAUGUAAAGGCCGGGUACCCAGAUCUCGGAGUGUCCACACAGUAGCCUCGUGUCCCAGUAACAGCCGACCAGUCUCUCCCUCUCCCUCCACCAUCGGCCACAGUGUACAGCGAGCCAACAGCAUCUCCCAGAUUCAAGACUCUCACACAUAUUCCAUGUUCAGAGACAUCUCAUGGAGGACGCCACGGGGUCUCGUGGAGGAAGUUCCUCCCGAGAAGUUGUCACAAGAAGCGUUCCGUCUGCUGCGCACCGUGCAGAGCCUGCUGGGUACUCGGGAGCCGGACCUUGCACACCGGCUCACUCCUGCUCCUACCCCCACCCCUCUCUCUGACAGUGACAGCUCCCGCGAUACUACCUGGUGUGUGGGUAGCUGCAGCUCGCUGUUGCCUCACCUAUGUAGCAACCAGCGCAAGUCGCUAGACGCAUCGUCCUGCUCGUCCCGUGUCGAGGGGGAAGGGGAGGGGGGCAAUCCGAGCACCCCGCAGCUCAGUGUAGGAUCCGCAGAGGACGAGAGCGGCUUCUCCUCCAUGAGCUCCUUCCACGAGGUGGGACUCCCAGAGAUACGCAGCUACCCGGAGGUGGGGCUCCCUCUGGUGGAGCCUUCCCACCGCCGCUGGAGCUCCACCCCCGUCCGCUCCAACUCGUCCAUACAAGUCCUGUGGGUCUAGCCGGACACGCACCGGCUGGUGGCAAUAUGAAAGCGGUGCUACUGCGCUUCUCCGCGUCGAUAGUGCCAUCCCGAGCUUUCAUGACACAAUAGAGGGGCUGGGCUGUGAAGUUUAUAGUAUCUAGUGAAAAUGACAAAACAUUAUAGUAUCUAUCUAAAUGUAAAUGAUAACACUUACUUCACUCAUGUUUUUGUUAUUUUGUGAUUUUAUUAACAUAAUACUGCAUUGUUGUAUUAUGUUUUAAUGAAAUAAGUAAAUAAACAAUACACGUUAUAAUUGGUAAGUUAUAACAUUUUUAUAUUAAUAAUAAACAUUAGAUUGAAUAAUUACAUGUAUUUAAACAUUUAAAGUUAGAUAAUUCACUAUACUACAGAAGAAAAUAAGGAAAUUUGCAGUAUUGAAAUUGUAGAAUUUCACUUAAAAUAUCAACUGAUCUCAUUUAUAAUUACAUAAUACAGUAUUGAUAGUCCAGCCCUGUUUACAUUUAUAUAUAUUAUAUAGUUAUAAUUUAUAUUUUUUACUUAAGCAUUUUUGUAAAUAAUAAUUCUGUUGGAUUCUGACAUGUAGCUCUAAAUGUUAAGACAGCCAACUCUUGUAGUACAAAAUUUGUUAAACUAAUUUUUGCACAAAAUUUGUGCUUGGCUAUGAGUUUAAAGUAUGUUUUCUUAUUCUUGUGAACAAUACAGUUAAACUACUUUUUGAUAUUUUAAUGUUGGAAUAUUGUUACUACAGUUUCAAAAUAAAAAGUAGUUCAAAGGUU